AUGUUGUAUGAUAAUGACACGACCUCCGAUGCGGUUUGGAAGACGCUGUGGGCAGAAAUUGAGCCCAAGCUCGAGCACGGGCCUCGCGCUAAGUUGCGGCGACAUCAAAUCGAAGAACGACUCGCUCGCUGCAAGACAUCGGCGACCAACAACUACACGGAAACUCCAAUUAUUGUAGAAACAUGUGGCGAUCCCGUCGGCUUCGUAUCGCACAGCAUUGACCUACCCCAUUCUGCAUUGUAUAUAUAUGCCCGGCGCACUUUCUCGGGCUGGCCUCUUUCACUAACCGCUCUCUUCCACAUUCAUUAUGACCUGUGGUAUAGUAUUACGAUUCGCGCGCAUGGCAACGAUGUUCUCUUCACUACAAUCCUGAAAUUGCUUAAAUAUCGUCGAUCGCAGCUCUUCACACGAACACAAUCUCGAAACUCUCGAACAUCCAAUCAGCACACUCAACCACCGAAAAAUCUCACAGAAGCACACAAAAUGACACUUCCUGUAUCUAAUGACGCACUCACCAGCGCCAUCGCUACGGGCGCAGGCAGGAUCACGGAAGACGUCUACGAACGGGGCAAAAGAAUCGUCAAGGGCGGUUCAAGCAAGAAGAAGAAGCGGGAGCGGGAAUUGGAAGAAUGGACCGCCGACAACGAGGACUGGGAAGACGAGAACUAUGCCAGGCAAGACGCGCUAGAUGCCAGGGAAGACGCGCUGGAUGCCAAGGAAGACCGUCUGCAUGACAAGAAGCAUGGCUACUACUAUAGGUAG